UUGAGAGAAUAGUGGUUCGCUUCCAACGCUGGAGGACGUUAGGAUAAAUGAAUGGGAAAAAGUUGUAUUACAAAAAAAUUGUUUUUGAAAAAAUAUUGCAUGUCAACUCUGAUCGAAUAAGUGUGCCUAUCCUAAGGAUAUUUACACACACGUACAUUACACACAAAUGUGCUUUUCAAAAAUCGACACUCAUUUGCCAACUCUCCCUGAAUAAUUCUACCGUCAUUCUUUUAUUCCUGAGAACUAGUGCUCCUACAUGCUGUGAGGAAACUGGAGGCGGAAAGCCGCAGGACUUCCCUGCGGGGCGCGCCGCGGCGUUCGGCGUGGAACCGGCUCGCGUCCGGCGGUUUGCGCGCCGGGUUCGGAGAACGGCUUCCAGCGGGACCUCCGGGAGGCGGUUGGCAACCACCGCCAGGCAGAGGAGCUUGGCGAAACUGCGGUCUCCGCCAUGCCCAAGAACAAAGGCAAAGGAGGUAAAAACAGGCGCCGGGGGAAGAAUGAGAACGAAUCUGAGAAACGGGAGCUGGUGUUCAAAGAAGAUGGACAAGAGUAUGCCCAGGUGGUCAAGAUGCUGGGGAACGGACGCCUGGAGGCCAUGUGCUUUGAUGGCGUCAAGCGGUUAUGCCAUAUUAGAGGGAAACUGAGGAAAAAGGUUUGGAUAAAUACCUCGGACGUUAUAUUGGUGGGUCUGCGAGACUAUCAGGACAAUAAAGCGGAUGUGAUUUUGAAGUACAACGCAGAUGAAGCGAGAAGCCUGAAGGCGUACGGCGAGCUUCCGGAACACGCCAAAAUCAACGAAACCGAUACAUUUGGGCCUGGAGAUGAUGAUGAAAUCCAGUUUGAUGAUAUUGGAGAUGAUGAUGAAGACACUGAUGAUAUCUAAAUCGAACUCAAUGUUUUAUAUUCCAGGUUUUCUGAAGAUGUUCUACAAUUGGGAAUUUGGGCCAUCACUUGUUAAGAAGAAUAGAACUUUAUUUAGCACGAGUAUACUUUGUUAAAGCAGGUUCACUUCUUUUCAGUGUUUCAAUGUGUUUACUAUAUUUCUUUUAAAAAUGAUGCUGAGCGACCAGCAUGUGAUGUAGCUGGUAAUGCCGCCUUCGGAACACUGACAUCUCACAUGGCCCCAGCUUUGUGUCCUGGCUGCCCCACUAACCAUCCAGGCCCACGCUAACGGCCUGGGAAAAGCAGCAGAAGAUGGCCCAAGUGCUUGGGCCCUUGCCACCCAUGUGGGAGACCAGGAUGAAGCUCGUGGCUCCUGGCUUCAGUAUGGCGUAACCCUACCCACUGGGGCCCCUUGGGGAGUAAACCAGCAGAUGGAAGACUCUCUCUCUCCCUCUGUAACUCUGCUUUUCACAUCUUUUCUAAAAAAACUGAUGCUGAAUUAUUUUAGGCAACGUGUUAGUAUGUUAGUACUUUGUUCUUUAGAUAUACUAGAACUUAGAGGUAAAAGAUUAUAUCUGCUGUUCAAAGAAGGAAGUGCCUUUUUUACCAUGACAACUACAUUUCCAGCAAAUUGGUAUUUUGAAUCAAUUGUUUGACCUAAAAUCGUCAUAGAUUUUUCAGCUGUAGUUUAAUCUGUUUAGUCUGUAUACUCUUUCUGUAUGUUCCAAGAACCCACAUACUCUCUUGAAAUUUUUUAUAUUUAAGUAUGAUAGAAAUCCAUAUUUGGAGUCAUGUCACCUUAUUUUUUUAUACUAACUUUGAUCUACAAUUCUUGUUACCAUUUAUGUUUUCAUCCUUAAAAAUAAGUACAUUUCCAUAUUGCAGUUUUAAAACAUGGAUUAAAGUAGCAAUUUUGAAUUUAUAAGAUUAGUAGUUCCAGAAAUGGAACAUUAGAUGAUAACCAGUUACUUUAACACUGGAAAUAGUGACAUAACAAUUGAUACUAUUUUUCUUUAACAUGCAUAGAAAAGUUGUCAAGACAGUUUUUGACAGUAAAAUAUAUGGAGUAAUUUUACUAUACGAAAAAGUUUAUGUUAAAAGGUGUCACUUUAUAAGUCAUCCACUGUAACACACAGUUUUGGGCUUUAUAAACAACCAAAUUUCUGUGUAUAAACGGAAAACUUAUUUCUUAAUAAAUUCUGUAAACCAAAACAAAACCAAAAAAACCUUUCUGGGGUGGACAUUGUGGCCCAGAAGACUAAGGAACAGCUUGGGGCACCUGCAUUCCAUAUCCAAAUGCCAGAUUGAGUCCUAACUACUCUGUUAUUUUUCCUUUCUUUUAAAGAUUUAAUAUUUAUUUGAAAGAGUGAUGGAGCGGGGUGGGGGGAGCGGAAUCUCCUCCAUCUGCUGUUUCACUCCUCAAAUGGCAACAAGAGCUGGGGCUGGGCCAGGAUAUUCCCAUCUCAAAAUAAUUUGUUUCUACACAACCCAUUUUGUCAUGCUAAGUAACAUAUACACAGAUUCCAGAGGUUAGGAAAAGUAGACAUCUUUGAAGGCCCAUUAUUCUGACUACCACACCAAUUUAUUUUAAAUUAAUUAUAAAUCCAUUACACAGGGAUGGGCAUUGUGUUGACCUAGGUUAAGCUGUCACUUGGAAUGCCUGCAUCCCAUAUCUGAUGGCCUGGUUUGAGUCCUGGUUACUCUGUGCUCCCAAUUCAGCUUUCUGCUAAUGUAUCCUGGAGGAUACAUUAUUUGGGUAUGUGGUAUUUGGGUUCCUGCCACCCAUGCGGAAGGGUCAGAUGGAAUUCCUGGCUCCUGGCUUUGGCCUGGCCCAGCUGAGGUUGUUGUGGCCAUUUAGGGGAAUGAAUCAGCACAUGGAAGAUCUUUCCCUCUCUUUCAAAUCAUUAAUUAUUUAAAUAAACAAACCAUUGCACGCUAACAUUUUUAUGAAAAUCAGCUUCCAAAAAAUAGUGAGAAAAGCAGCAUUCUUUUACAUUUUUGUAAAUCUCUCUUUAAGAUGUAGCGUAACAAAAAACUGGAUUCUAAAAUUUUUUUCGGCAAUUUCUCAUCUGUUGGGUAGCUUCUGUUAACACCCUAUAGUCUAUUAUUAGGAGAUAAUGAGAGUAAAAAAGAAAAUAGUGUUACUAUGAAAAGUCAUUUUAUGGACCAGCCUUCGAAGCGUGUCAUGCUUCCAGGGCCCCCUGGAUAACAUUUUAAGAACUUCUGAAAUGUUUAUACUUCAUUGCCUGGGAUUCAGAGUGAUUUAGUGGUUGGUGAGCUUGUUGCCAUCUUGGUCUCCCACUCUGAUGACCACUUUGGGUCCAAAAGCCUCCAUGUCGUCCGGAAAAGUUUGAGACAUUCAAAAAAGGUUCUUUGAAUCGGCAAUGGGAGUUACUGAAUGUUUUUGAACAGGUGAGUGAUGUGAUUUAAAUUUCUGAGUUUAGGAGAGUCCCAAUGUAACAUUUUAAGGCAAAAAGUUCCUAACUUGUAUGUGGAGGGUCAAGGAUUUGGUUAAACGAGGGGCUAGGAAACAACAGAAAUCACUUCUGAGGUUUAAGAACUCAGAGGUUGCUAAUGAUGCUCAGGCCCAAGAGGUGGCUGUGAGGUACAUGGCUGGAGCAGAAUGAAAGUAUUUAUUGGCAUCAAGGUUCAAGGCCAAGGCUAUCAACGGCAUCACCCAGCUUGACAAUAGUGGGUAGGGAUGGGAGCCAGAAAACUCCAAGUCAAUCGAAAAUGGGAGACUGCUCUGGAGGCUGUUAGAUGAUGGUGGAAUAUUUUGAACUCCGUGGAAUAUUCUUAACAGUGCUUCUGCACUCAUUCCUAGGUUGCUGCCAAAAUUAUUUCUCUAAAAUAAAAACUUGAGAAGGCAUUGUGGUUUAAUCCGAAAGGCGCAUAAGCUAUGGGGGCAAAAAAAAAAAAAUUAUAUCCCUUUCCUGCCAUUAAUCAGGUACAUGAAUGACCCGCACAACCCUCACAACAAGCAAAACCAGUGUUAGUUCAACCGGUCUGCAGCAAGCACGGUUUUCCUGUUGCCCAACGAAACAAGCGCGCAAACCGAGAUGACUGCAUUGUUUACGUAACUGUGGCCAAAUCGAUUUCUUCCUACGAAACAGCCAGCUGACAGAGCCAGUCCAGAUGCUCGUUUUCCCCGUGGGAGCGAGGACCGAAUUACCCACGCUCACCCCUGCUACAGUUCACCCAGUCGCCCUGGAUCUGCGGGCUACGAAGGAGGAGCCUCGUGCGACCCGGAAGAAGAACCCACCCUUCCCGCCUCCUUUCCAGCAAUUGUUUCCGCAGCCGGGGCGGGGCCUAUUCGCCGGCGGCUCGAGCGAAGGGAGACGGGCGAGGGGAGCCGCGCGUGCGCAGUUGGUUUGACGGCCCUUCCGGUGCGUCUGGUGCGCCCGGCGCAGAAAAGUAGCACGGCCGAGGGCACGCACGGACGCACGCACGCCCUCUUUUGCUCGCGCCGCCGCGGCUGCUCCCGCGUACUCCCCCAGCGCCGUCCAGUCCGCCGAGAUGCUGCGGGCUUGUCAGUUAUCUGGCGUGACCGCCGCCGCCCAGGCUACCUCGAGGAGCUUGCCUCGCUGACUUCAGAAUCUUCCUUCCCUGUGUUGAGCUGUAGACCCAGAGGUAGAAGCUUUCUGGGUAACCUCUCAGCUGGAGUCGACUUCUUGGAUCCCAAUUAGGACAUAAGAAUAAAACAAAACUCCGUAGUAAACUGUGAACCUUCUUCUAGCUCUCAAACCGGAUUUCUUACGCUUCUGCGAUUUCUGCCUUGCAGUUUCUACUAGUUUAGCCUCACUGUCUCCUCAGUGAGUUUGUACAUUUGAUAUUGUUUUGUGAAACUCUGCAUUUUUGGCUUCUGUCAGGUAAUAUUUUGGGUCCCAUCUUGCCCUUCAUUUCUCACCUUGUUUUCCUUUAUUGAAUCACCAUCUUCCUUGUUCUUCUGAAUAUGUUCCCUCCCGUUCUGUAUACACUCACUUAGGAUUGCAUCAGCUCUCAGAGUUUUAAUCCCUAAACAGAUGACUCUGCUUCUUUUCAGCUUUUUAUUCAUAUUUCUAAAUUCUUGUUUGAUUUUAGAACCAAACUGUUCUGGAAUAUUCCUCCUGUCAAUAUCUUUUCCAUUUCAUUAAACUCCAUCUUCUUAAAUGUCUUCCAACUUUUACUAUUUUUCUCCUAGAGUCAGUUCUUUAUAUAUGGUGUUUACUAAAGGCUUCCAAAAAGCAAACGUGGGAGUAGGUGUUUGGCCUAGUGAUUAAGAUUCCCAUGUCUCACAUCUUAAGUGUUUCGGUUCCGUUCCUGACCCUGGCCCCUGACUCCAGUUCCCCACCAGUGGAGACCCUGGUAGGAAUGGUGAUAACUUAAGUAUUGAAUUCUUUUCACAUAAUGGGAGACCUGGGUUGAGUUCCUAAUUCCUGGUCUGGCCCAGCCUCAGCCCAGCUAUGAUACCAUUUUGGGGAGCUGUGUCUGUCCUUUGGUCUCUCUCUUUUACUGUGUGUAUGUGUGUGUGAGAGAAUAGGCGCACAGGCGUGUGUGCCUCAAAAACAGGCUGGUGCUGUGGUGUAGUAGGCUGAGCCUUCACAUGUGGCACUGGCAUCCAUAUGGACACCAGUUCAUGUCCCAGCUGCUCCUCUUCCGAUCCAGCUCCCUGUUUAUGGCCUGGGAAAGCAGUAGAAGAUGGCCCAAGUGCUUGGGCCCCUAUACCCAUGUGGGAGAGCCGGAAGAAGCUACUGGCUUUGGAUCAGCCCAGGUUCAGCUGUUGCGGCCAUUUAGGGAGUGAACCAGUGGAUUGAAGUGCUUUCUGUCUGUAUAUAGCCUCUCAAAUAAAUAAAUAAGAUCUUAAAGGGCAUUAGCAUUGUAAAAACAAAACCAGACCCAUGUAUCUUUAUCCAGACUAUCCUCUACUCUUUGCACAGGCAUUUAAAAAUAAACAAAGAUACAGUGUUCAGUGACAUCCCAGUACAUUCAGCAUAAAAUCUGAACCCCUUACCAUACCCUCCAGUACCUUCAUGAUCUGACUCUUCAUAUCUCAUCUUUCUGCUGUGCCUCACUCGUGCUAGAAUGUCUGUCACUGCUUAGCUCACACCAUUCAUAUAUUUUCUCAAAUGCCACCCCUUCAGAGAGCCCUUCCUUAUCUAAACCAGACUUCUGACUGCUUCCUUGCUUCACUCUAUCUUGUUUUACUUCAUAGCUCUUAGCACUACCUUACAUUAUAAUAGGCAUUUAUUGUGUUUCCCUGUUUGAAAUAAAAGCUUUGGUGCAGGUUGCUAGCCCAGCAGUAAAGAUACCCACACCCCAUGUUGGAGUCAGAGUACCUGGGUUCAUUACCCAGCUCUGUCUCCUGACUCUAGCUAACUGCUGGUGCAGACCCUGGGAGGCAGCAGUGAUGGCUCAAGUAAUUGGGCUCCUGCCACCCAUCUGGAAGACAUGGACUGAAUUCCCAGCUCUUGGCUUAGGCCCAGUUCUGGCUGUUGUGGGUAAUCAGGGGAUGAUCCAAUGAAUGGAGUUGUUCUUAUGCAUGUUUGUGUAUGCUCUUGGACACACAGUCUCUUAUUCUUUCUCAAGUAAAAUGAAGUAAAAGUAUAUAUCUAUAAAAAAUAAAUAAAAUGUAAGCACCAAGAGAGAAAUGGGUCCAUGAAUGAAAGUGUUAUAUGAAUUUUUCUUAGUAUUGUUCAUGGAUGUGACCUCCCUGAAGAUUCUGGAAGCUCUGAUAUGUCAUAGUGUUCUCUAGAGAAACACAACCAAUAGGAUGUGCACAUAUAGACUCGUAGAAAUGUUUGUUAUAAGGAUUUGGCUCAUGCAGUCAUGGGGGUUGCCAAGUUCAGAAUCUGCAGAAUUCACUGGCAGGCUUGAGGUCUAGGGGAGCCAGUGGUGCAGUUUCAGUCUACGGGCUGGUGGCCUGGAGACCAGCAGAGCAGACACAGUCCUAACACUAUGAAGGCAGUCUGCUGGAGGAUUCCCUCAUGCUUUUUGUUCUGUUCAGGCCUUUAACUGACUAGAUGAAACCACCCAUAUUAUGGAGGAAGGUGUUUUACCCACAGUUCACCAAUUUUUUUUUUUUUUAAGAUUAUUUGAAAGAGUUACACAGAGAAGGAGAGGCACAGAGAAAGAGAGAUCUUUCAUCCGCUGGUUCACUCCCCAAUUGGCUGCAACAGCUGGAGCUGAGCCGAUCUGAAGCCAGGAGCUUCUUCCAGGUCUCCCAUGCGAGUGCAGGGGCCCAUGGAUGUGGGCCAUCUUCCACUGCUUUCCCAGGCCAUAGCAGAGAGCUGGAUUGGAAGUGGAGCAGCUGGUGCCCACAUGAGAUGCCGGAACUGCAGGCAGCAGCUUUAUCGCUAUGCCACAGCGCCGGCCCCCAAAGGUCACCAUUUCAAUGUUAAUCUCAUGCAGAAGUAUCCACCAAAUUGGCAAAUAAGUGCAACCAUUACAGAUGGUAUCUACCUUUUCUUUUAUGUCAGGGCUUAGUAUCCUUGCAUUCCCUACAUAUGGGUAUUCAGUACAAAUGUAUUGUUCUUUCUUUUCUAGAAACAUGUCUCAGAACUGGGGUCCUUUCUCAGUUUACUGUUCAGUCUUUUUUUUUUUUUUUUUUUUUUUUGACAGGCAGAGUUAGAGACAGAGAAAGGUCUUUGUUCUGUUGGUUCACCCUCCAAAUGACUGCUACAGCCAGUGUACUGCGCCGAUCCGAAGCCAGGAGCCAGGUGCUUCCUCCUGGUCUCCCAUGCGGGUUCAGGGCCCAAGUACUUGGGCCAUCCUCCACUGCCUUCCUGGGCCACAACAGAGAGCUGGACUGGAAGAGGAGCAACCGGGACAGAAUCCGGCACCCCAACUGGGACUAGAACCCGGGGUGCUAGCACCGCAGGCGGAGGAUUAGCCAAGUGAGCUGUGGCACCAGCCACUGUUCAGUCUUAAUUCCAUUUUCCUGAGUCCCAGCGCUGUACCACCAGGCCCAACCUUUUUGAUUUGGGUAUUGAGUUUGAAGGGCCUAGCCUGUCAGCUUAAUCUAGCCCUCUCAAGUUUAUUUGCCUGUGCAAAGUUUUUUCUGCUUAGAACUUAAAAAGUUCUUGAGAGUCAACCAAACCAACUUAAUUAAGAUCAAUUUUGAUAGCCUAGUUAGAGUUGACUUUAUUUUUUAAAGAUUUAUUUAUUUGUAAGAGUUACAGAGGGAGGAAGAGACAGAUAUUCCAUCUGCUGGUUCACUCCCCAGAUGGCCACAACAGCCAGGGAUGGGCGAGACUAAAGCCAGGAGCCUCAUCUGGGUCCAUUGGGCUGGUGGGGCUUUUCCCAGGCCAUUUACCCAAAACAGAAAUACAAAUGGCAAAGAAGUCCAUGGAAAAGAUACCCAGUGUCCUUUGGCACAAAGAAAAGCAAAUUCAAACCACAGUGAGAUACUUGGUUCACACUCACUAGAAUGGUUAUAAUAAAAUCAGAAUAGGGGCAGGCUUUUAGCCUGGUGUUUAUGAUGCUAGGUGAGACACCUGGCUCCCACAUUGGAGUACCUGGGUUAGAUUCACAGAUCUGCUCCUGACUCCAACUUUCUUCUAAUGCAGACCCUGGGGAUGGGGGCAGCAAUUUUGGCACAAGUAAUUGGGUUCCUGGCUCCCAGCUUUGGCCCCAGGCGUUUAGGGAGUGAAUCAGUGGAUGGGAGCACGCUCUCCAAAAAAUAAAUAUUUUGUAAAUAGAAAGAAACAAAAUAGCAAGUAUUGGUGAAGAUAUACAGAAGUUGGAGCCCUCAUACAGUGUUAGAAUGUAAAAUGAUGCAGCUACUAUGAAAGACUAAGGGGUUGGUCCUUAAUAUAACCAUAGAAUUACCACAAGAUCCUACAGUUGCUCCCCAAAAGGACCAAAAUUGAGUUCAAACAAAAACUUGGAGGUGCCUGUUCAUAGCAGCACUGUUUACAGUAGUUGAAAGGUAGAAGCAACCCAAAUGUCUAUCAUUUGUGAUGGUUUUGCAAAAUAAGGCAUACAUCUCUGUAAAAAAAAAAUUAUAUUUGACCAUAGGGAGAAAUUAAGUCUAUGACACGUGUUACAGUGUGGAUAAACCUUGAAAACAGUGAAGGAAGCUGUACACAAAAGGCAGUUGAGUAUGUUGUGAGUCCAUUUAUACAACAUAUCCGGAAUAGGCAAAUUGCAAUUGCAUUUCAGUUUUAGUUCAGAAAUCCAAUUGCAGGGGCUGGUGUUGUGGCAUAGAGGGUAAAGCCACCACCUGCAGUGCUGGCAUCCCAUGUGGGUGCGGGUUCGGGUCCCAGCUGCUCCACUUCUGAUCCAGCUCCCUUCUAGUGUGCCUGGGAAAACAAUGGAAGAUGGACCCAGUGCUUGGGCCCCUGCUGGCUUCAGAUCUGCUCAGCUCCAGCUGUUUGGGGAGUAGAGCAGUAGAUGGAGGAUCUGUCUGUGACUCUGCCUUUCAAAUAGAUAAAUCUUAAAAAAUUGCAGUGUAUUGAAAUUGAUCAAAAAUGUUUGUAUCUCUACUUUCAAAAAGGUACUGUUAUGAUUAACUACUAACAAGUUAUGUUGAACUUUAUUGCCUCAUCGAGUUCUGUUAGUUGCCUUGGCUCAGCUGGACAGUUCUUGUUCAGUGGCCCACAGAGGUUGUCAUCAGACAGUGAGUAGCUGGGCUAGGGUCAUCUCUAAGUCUUCUUUAUUCAUGUUCGACACUUGAUGCUGAUUGCAGCUGACACCUCAGUAGGGACUGUUGGCUGGAACAUCUACUUGUGCCUCCUUUAUGUGUCUGGGCCUUGUCCCAGUUUGGCAGCUGGGUUGCAUGUGUAAGGAGAGACAGAGCCAGGCAGAAACUUCCUCUUUAUGUCCUAGGCUCAGGUGGCGCAGAGUAUCACUUUGCUGUCUAGUAUACUAAGUGCCUGCCUUUGUUUAAAGGAAGGGUACAUAGAACUCACUUUUUGAUGGAGAAGUGGCAAGUUUCUGAAAGAACAUGUGGCAAAGGAAAAGGCAUUGCAGUCAUUUUGGGAAAAUAUAUUCAGUACUCUGGCUACAACUGACAUCCCUCCCCUAUACACGUAUAAUCAUUCCUUAGUAUCUACAGGAGAUCGGUUCCAGAACCCCUGAGGAUACCAAAAUUCUCAGAUGCUUAAAUCUCUUAUAAAAUAAGUAUUCCACAGAUUAAUUGUACAUCUUCCUGUAUACUUUAAAUCAUCUCUUGAUUACUUGUAAUACCUUAUAACAAUGUCAACACUGUCUAAAUUGUUGAUACACUAUAUUGUUUAGGAAUAAUAAGAUAAGUCUAACACAGUACAGAUGUGUGUUUUUCCCCAAGUAUUUACAAAUAGAGUUUUGUUGAAUUCCAUGAAUACAGAGAUAUGACUGUACAUUCCCAACCUUUCCCAAGAUCCUUCAUUAUCUCAUUGCAUUAUAAUAACAGCAUUAGGACCAGUAUUUUGUCAUCUAACCAGAUCCUAAUGCGGAUGAGACAUCGUGUAUGUGGUCCCUAGGCUAUGGCUCCGUAAGUACUGCUUCUUUUGAUCAAAAGACUGUACCAGGGCAGAUGUUGUGGCACAGCAGAUUGGGCUACAGCUUGGGAUGCCUGUAUCCCAUGUUGGAAUGCCUGGGAUCAGACUUCAACUCUGCUUACAACCCAGUUUCCUGUUGAUGGACCUUGGGAGGGAGCAAAUGAUGGUUCAAGUGCUUGGGUUUUUGUGGGAGAUCCAGAUGGAGUUCCUGGCUCCUCACUUUGGCUUGACCAGCCCUGGCUGUUGCAGGCAUUUGGAGGGUGAACUGGCAGAUGAAGGAUCUCCCUCUUGCUCUGCUCUCGCUCUGCCUUUCAAAUAAAUAAAAAUAAAUAAGUAAACUUAAAGACUGUGUAUCAAAGAGACAAAUUAUCUGCUCCCUGUACAUCAGAAUAUAAUAAUAUAGGUACAGGAUAACCAUUCUAGAUACUUUUGUUCAAAAAGGCAGAAACAUGCAUACAUGUAAAAAUUAAGUAUGCCUGGACAUAUGUUGCUAAUUCUUUGAAUCAAGCUCAGUCCUGCUUGGGUGCGAUUCUCUAUAGCUUUUGGUUCUAUCCUUGGGCUCCUGUUCCUAUUCCUUGAAUCAUUCUUCCUCUUCCAGAAAAUGUAGACUGUAGCUUAUUUAGUUUCAUAGCCUUCUAUCCUUUUGUAGUUAGUGUCCAAAAGCCUCUCUUCAUUGUUCUUUUUUCCCUGUUUAAAUCUAAGUGGAUGUGUUUUUCAUCAAUACGGUUUUCUUAACAACUUUGUGGUUUUCCUGUGAGUCUUGCUGAGGCUUUCUCCAUUAGACAAAUGCCACACACACACAUCUUAAGACAAGCCUUUCAUUUUUGGCUCCUUGUUAGGCUGCUGUGAGAUAAGCCCUUAAAUUCUGAGUAGCCUUACUGUUUUGACAGAAAGAAUCUAGGAAGCAUACCCUUAAGAUUCUUAAAGGACCUUUAUUCAUGAAAAGUGGAUGGGUGUUGUGGUACAGGUGGUUAAGCAGUUGUUUGGAACACCCACAUCCUAUAUAGGAGUGCCAGUUCAAGUCCCGGAUGCUCAGCUUCAGAUCCAGCUCUCUGCUACUGUUCUUGGGAAGCAGCAGAUGGUGGUUCAUAAAUUGAUGGCUCAAAUGUUAAGUUCCUGCUAUGCAUAUGAGACCUAGAUGGAGUUCCUGGCUGCUGGCUUUGGCUUUGCUCAUCCCCUGCUCUUGGGGCUGUUUUGGGGGAGUUAACCUGUGGAUGGAAGAUCACUCUCUCCAUCUAUUACUCUGCCUUUCAAAUAAAUAAAUAAACCUUAAAAAAAUGGUUCUGUGAGAGGCACUUGAGAUAUUUCUGAUUCUUAAAGGAUCUUUGAGUCACACAGUUGAAUUUGGUCUCUGUCUUGAACCCCUUCUCUACCUAAGAUAGCUUUUACUGAUAAAAGGCUGAAAAUGAGAAAGUUAUAUUUUCAGAAUCAAGUCCUGGCCUUCUAUUUCCUUUAAACUUCCCUUGACAGUUAAAUGAGUUUUUGUUUUCUAAGCUCAUAUUUAUCCUUAUUGUACUCAGCUAAGAGAAACCAGUUGAUACUUUUGAACAUUCUCCUUGGAACUCUUAUGCUGAAUCCAUCAGUUAGCUCAUUAGGUGUAACUUUAGUAACCUAAUUUUCUGUUCUCCAUACACAGAUGGUAAUUUAGGGAAAUUUCUGUUACUUCAUAACAAGGGUCCCUUUCCCUCUAGGCUUCAAAAACAAUUUUUUUUCCUGCUUUCCUUAAGUCUUUACCAGCAGCCUGUAUGAAACCCCUCAGGCUUGUGGUAACAGUGUCUUUAUGGUCCUUCCUCUUCCACCACUCAUGCCCAGGCCUCUACCCACCCCCACCAGUCCCAAAGUGGUUACUGUGUUAUAUGUCUUCUUACAGCAGUAUGCUCCACUUUCAGGUUCAAACACUUAUUUGGUUAUUUGUAGCUGUAGAACAGACUACCCUAAACUUGGAGAUAUUAAAUAGCAUAAUUAUUUUGUUAUAUUACAUAGCAAAAAUUAUAUACUUUUAUUUAAAAAUAACAGAUAAAUAACUUACAAUGUAAAUACAUUAAAAAUUACCUCUUGAUUCUUAGGGGUUCUGGGUUCUGUAGCAGGCUCUUGAGGUCUCCUGAGGUUGGAAGGUGGCAAAGAUCUGGAAAAGUAUGUGAGGAAGCAAACACAAUCAGUUUUAGAAAUAUAGUCUACCUGCCGGCGCCGCGGCUCACUAGGCUAAUCCUCCGCCUUGCGGCGCCGGCACACUGGGUUCUAGUCCCAGUCGGGGCGCUGGAUUCUGUCCCGGUUGCCACUCUUCCAGGCCAGCUCUCUGCUGUGGCCAGGGAGUUCAGUGGAGGAUGGCCCAAGUGCUUGGGCCCUGCACCCCAUGGGAGACCAGGAGAAGCGCCUGGCUCUUGCCAUUGGAUCAGCGCGGUGCGCCGGCCGCAGCACACCAGCUGCGGUGGCCAUUGGAGGGUGAACCAACAGCAAAGGAAGACCUUUCUCUCUGUCUCUCUCUCUCACUGUCCACUCUGCCUGUCAAAAAAAAAAAAAAUAUAUAUAUAUAUAUAUAUAUAUAUAGUCUACCACAAUUAGCAAAAUAUAAAAGCCACAGCUGACCAGUCACUACAGGAUAACUGGAUAAAAGGGCAAAGGGAAGAAUUGUGUGUUUAUCCUGCUUAUCUUCUGUGAACUGUACUAUUGCAUAACCAAGUUAUAUAAGGGGAAGCAUCUCCUUAGAAAAUGUCACUCAAUAAGUGAAAAAUGAUAGAAUUUUAUACCACUUUUUGCAGUUUCUAAAAAGUUAAUGGAUGCAGACAUUAUAUGUCAGUGUAACUAUUAAUAUCUCAUAAACAGAGACAAUUGCAAAAAUACUUGUAGUUUUGCCAAAGGGAACAAACUGCUGUCUGAAGAAGUAUUUGGAUCCAGCUCGCAGGAAAUAUGGAGGAUAAGAACAGGUUAAAUUGGAUCAUUAGCAAAAUUUAAUCUAUAAAGCCGGCGCCGUGGCUCAAUAGGCUAAUCCUCCACCUUGCGGCGCCGGCACACCGGGUUCUAGUCCCGGUCGGGGCGCCGGAUUCUGUCCCGGUUGCCCCUCUUCCAGGCCAGCUCUCUGCUAUGGCCAGGGAGUGCAGUGGAGGAUGGCCCAGGUGCUUGGGCCCUGCACCCCAUGGGAGACCAGGAAAAGCACCUGGAUCCUGGCUCCUGCCAUCGGAUCAGCGCGGUGCGCCGGCUGCAGCGGCGGCCAUUGGAGGGUGAACCAACGGCAAAGGAAGACCUUUCUCUCUCUGUCUCUCUCUCUCACUGUCCACUCUGCCUACAAAAAAAAAAAAAAAAAAAAAAAAAAAAAAAAAAAAUUAAAAA